AUGGCCAACCGGACCCCAGACGCGGACCCAGCUCUGAAGGCCGGUGCCCUGGCUCAGGCAAUGGCCCAGGCGCCGAAGGAGCCGAAACCGGCGCCGAAACCGGCGCCGGCGGCGGCGGCGCCGAAACCGGCGCCGCCCAAUCCGCCGGCGGCGAAGGCGGAGGUGGAGGUCAUCAUCAGCGAUGAAGACAGGGCGGAGUUGGAGCGCCGGGCCGAGGAGGGAGAAGACGCCGCGUCGGUCGAGGCUUUCGAUCGGGAGCGACAGAAGGCGCAGAAGGUGGCAGCUAGGCGCCUGUAA